AUGAGGAGCAAUCUCCACCAAGAGGAAGAGGAAAGGGACGAAAACGCAUGGGGUGUACUCGGCCCUCUCACGUACGCGUCCCAACCGCCGAAACCCUCAAGCCUCAACAGCAGACCCACCCGUAAUCCCAACGAAUCUCGCUCUUCAUCGACCUCCCAGCCAUCACAGUCGCGACACUCUAGAGCAGCUCAAUACUCCAAGCUCUAUUCACAAUUCCUAAAACGCUACCGAUCUACGAGCCAGGACGCCUCUGAAGACGUGGAUGACCCCCGCACCGAUCCCGACAGCCAUUACUUUCAACGUGGUUUGGGCCAAUUGAACGAUGCAGGCGACUAUAGCGACGACGAUCCAACGGAAUAUGAACCAAUACAACCGGCUACCCACCAGGAACAGGAGCGGCUUGAGUGGCAGGCCCUCCUUUCAUCUGUAUUGUCUGGAGAUGUCCUCAAGUCGGAGGCGAGCAGAAUUGCAGGCGCUCUAAAUUCACUCGGUGAUGAACAAACCAACUUCCACAUCAACCUAUGGCUUGGUAUCCGGGCCAAACUUCACACACGGUCGAUCGAAGAGGAGAGAAAGAAGCUAGACGAACGACGGCUUCGGAUUGUCGAUGAAGUCAUAGCCGAGAUUAUGGAAUUUAGAGCGUCAGACCCAGAACCAGGAUCAGACCUGGGGGACGUGACUGUGUCUGCCUUCUCAACAGCUACAACUGCACUUCGGCGUCUUGAAGUCGUGCAAUCGCUAUACCCCACUUUGAAAGCGUUCUAUCUCGACAAGCCAAUAGCGGCUGAAGGGUCAUUCCAAGCACGUUGCGACACACUAAACACCUGGUAUAACGUCCAGACGGCUCUCAAACACCACUUCGCACUCCUACGUCGCUGGACGGGUAGUACUUCUCUCGAUGUCAACGAGCCCUUUACCAGCAACGAGGUGCCCAUUUUUUCCACAUCCUCUUCUCAACCAGGCUCAAGUGGGGUACCGAACACGGAUGUCGCGGAUGGGACCAGCUUCGUGGAACGUUUACUGAAGGAAGAACCAAUGCAACUCACAUUCGAAAAGGGUUUUCUUGUAACCGUCCACACCUUCCUCAGAGCAACUCGCGACGUUCAGGUCAGCCUUUCUUCAUCAUUCAAAAUCAUGAAUCUACCCACAUUCGAGAAUGAACUGGUCCCCUUGAUAUCUUUUCCGACAAAGCUAGCACAAGCCGGGCUCCGGUUACGGCUGGACUAUGUUCAAAAGCUGAAAGAUCCCGACACACUGAUUGUUGACCAGAUGAUCGAAGACCUCAAACUGAGCAUAGGCCUGGCUUGUGCGCUCAAACGGCAAUACGAGGCUAUCCUGGCGCCUGACCCUGGAGGCAACUGGAAUCUUCCUCAAUGCAUCAGCGAGGAUUACGAUGCCACCAUCCAUGACGCUUUGGUCUGCUUUUUCAAGCUGAUACAUAUGAAGCUUAAAAGCGAUGCCAAAGGAAUUCUCUUCAAAGAGCCGGAUAUCUUGGAAGCCCAAUGGGCAACCUUCAACGAUGUCAGCGUGACGACACCUAAAGGAUCUUGCUUAGUUGCAGAACAGCUGUGCUCUCUGACCAACAAAUUGAUGGUGCGCGUGACGAAUUUCUUCGACACCCAAGUCCGCGUACCAUCAGGAGGGAGUACUUCUGAACACUACAACGAGAUGAAGAUUGAUCAGGAUCCUUACAUCACCCCCAACAUGCGCCUUGCGACAGGCAAAAAAAUGACUGAUGAACAAAUGAUUCGCUGGUAUAGCAAGAUUCUGGAAAGUGUUCGUCUACGGUACCGUAAACUGCAACGUUUUUCCAGAGCCCUCAGUCAACGCUUCAGCAACUCGGCCGAGUACAGCCUGGAUGACAUCCCGCUGGACGAAUUCAUUUCUCUCCUUGAGGCCUCCGAUCAUUUCCUGGUGUACACGCAUUCAUUUGAAGAAGACGGAAUCUACAUCGUCGCCUCCCGUUCCCUCUUCGACCAGCCGGAGUUGAUACGCAAAAUUAUCGAUGAGGCAUUCCACGUCGAUGACACAGCUGAAGACGGUCAACUCCUAGGCGGCCUUGAUAUCCAAGACCCAGACGAAGUCAACUAUAUUCUGGUCCUCUCCCCACAAACCGAUUUCAUGUGGAAUGGUCGUGUGAUGGACCUGGACAUCCCUAGCGCUCCUUUAGACCUCAAGGAUGAUCGCGUUCGUCUAAUUGCACACGGGCCUCAGAGACGUCUCAAUCUUGCCAAACAAAUCUUCAUGAAAUGCAUCGACCCUAUGUACGGAGAAGUAAGGUCCGACUCCUGGACCUUGACGUGUCUGGCCGAAGAACAGGCACAUCUGCCUCGUGUCAAUAAGGAGCUCCGGAAGAUUGCUCGGACGACCAACCGCUUAGCAGAGUCCAUAGUUGACUCCGUUCAUCAUGUUCGAAGUUCCCUGAGAGCCGUAAAUGGAGGGCAGGAGGUACUCGCGAACUGGUUUCUCUAUGCCUCUGAACAUGGACAACAUGCGCACCGCUAUGUGGACCGCUCUUCCCUCCUUAAAUUCAAUCGACUUCUAAUCAAGCUCGCUAUGUCUUGGGUGUCGUUUAUCUGCGACGACUGUGAUCCCACUGACCAGAAGACAUUCAAAUGGGCUGUGAAUGCACUAGAGUACACACUCCAUCGGACGCAACGCGAUAUCCUGUACUUGCCAGACGAGCAAUUCGAGAUGCUCAGAUCCAAAGUCGCCAGCUGCAUGACCUUCUUGAUCAGUCAUUUCGACAUUCUUGGUGCGCGGUCUACCUCAGAGAAGGAAUUGCAAGAGGAGCUGCUGAAGUCGCAAUUAUCGGGUGCCAAUGUUCUUGAGGAAGAUUCAGCUAUCCUCUCCCUGGAAGAACAUGAUCCUGUUUUAGCAGAUCCCAACGCGCGGUCAUACUGGGAGAAGGUUUCGAAGAACCUUCGAGGGAUGGAGGAGAUGCGGGUAACAACUGGGCUGAAGCAUCAGGUGUUGGGGAAGGUACUUAAUGAAGAAAUACCCGAAGACAGGUCUCUCUCGUUCUUGGCGUCAUUGAGUCCCAACACCCCCAUUCGUUGGCAACAAGGCAAGUUCAUUGGUGCUGGCGCAUUCGGCUCGGUGUACCUCGCACUCAAUCUUGAUAAUGGCACCUUCAUGGCUGUCAAAGAAAUCAAAUUCCAAGAGCUCUCCGGCUCGCCAAAUCUUUACAGCCAGGUCAAAGACGAGCUCAGCAUCAUGGAGAUGUUGCACCAUCCCAACGUAGUUGAAUAUUAUGGAAUCGAAGUCCACCGAGCCAAGAUAUACAUCUUUGAAGAAUAUUGUCAGGGUGGAAGUCUUGCAGCUCUUCUGGAACACGGGCGAAUCGAGGAUGAAGGUAUCAUCCAAGUCUAUACAAUGCAGCUGCUAGAGGGCAUAUCAUAUCUCCAUUCUCGUGGUGUUGUACAUCGAGACAUCAAACCCGACAACAUCCUUCUUGACCACGAGGGCGUCAUCAAGUACGUGGAUUUCGGCGCAGCAAAGGUCCUUGCCAGAAAUCAGCGCACUGUUCAGCGAUCGCGUCGCGCGCCCGACUUCCCGAAUGCCAAUGGAAUAGGCAACUUCAACGUAGCCGUCAUGAGCAAUGAGUUAACGGGGACUCCGAUGUACAUGUCCCCUGAAGUCAUCAAGAACGAUAAGCGGGGCCAACAUGGUGCUAUGGAUAUCUGGUCUCUUGGCUGCGUCGUUCUCGAAUUCGCAACGGGUAAAAAGCCUUGGAGUAAUCUUGAUAAUGAUUGGGCGAUAAUGUUCCACAUCGGCGUCGCCACUCAACAUCCUCCUCUUCCUGAGCCAGAUCAACUCAGUAACCUGGGGAUCGACUUCAUUAAGCAAUGUCUGACAAUCGAUCCAGCACGGCGUCCUUCAGCCAUAGAACUCACGCAACAUCCCUGGAUGCUCGAGUUUCAGGAGACUUUGAUGCAAUACGAAGAACUAGUGGAACCGAUAUCGCCGAGGGAUGGUCGCAGCCCAAAAACAGCUUCAGUGGCACGACAAGCUUCAGUGUCACACCCAAAUGUCGAUAGAGUUAAUCAACUAUCACCGAGUCCCACACUCCUACCUGGAGGCUUGAAGAGUCCAUGA